GGUCACAGCCCCCUCCCUCGGCGGAGGGGGGCGUCACCGGCCACAGGUAGGGGGUCACAGUUUCACACGGGGAGGUCACAGGCCUCCAGCCCUAAACCUGCUCUUCUUCGGUCAGGGUCCCGGUUCCCCGCCCAGAGUCCCCGGUCCCUCCCCCGAAGUCGGCGGCCCCUCCUCCAGAGCCAUGGUCCCUGCUCCAGGGGGCCCAGGAACUCCCCCGGAGUCCGUAGGCUCCUGCCCGAGAGUCCCGGCGUGCGAGGGGACCUCGUCGAAGGCCUCGGGCAGCUUACAGCCCUCGUCCUCAUCGUCCUUCCAGCUCUCCUCGCGGCCGUCGACGGCGAGCCCGGGGGCAGGGAGAUUGCCGCUGCGCCCGGCCCCGAGGCGCGCGAUGGCGGCUGCCGCGCUGCUGGAGGCGGGCCUAGCCCGGGUGCUCUACUACCCGACGCUGCUCUACACUCUGUUCCGCGGGAGAAUGCCGGGCCCAGGCCACCGCGACUGGUACCACCGCAUCGACCCCACCGUGCUUCUGGGCGCGCUGCCGCUGCGGAGCAUGACGAGGCGGCUGGUUCAGGACGAGAACGUGCGCGGGGUGAUCACCAUGAACGAGGAGUAUGAGACGAGGUUCUUAUGCAACUCCUCAAAGGAGUGGAAGAAAGCAGGAGUUGAGCAGCUGCGGCUCAGCACGGUAGACAUGACUGGAGUCCCAACCUUGGCUAACCUGCAGAAAGGCGUCAAGUUUGUUCUCAAGUACCAAUCACUGGGCCAGUGCGUCUACGUGCAUUGCAAGGCUGGGCGUUCCAGAAGUGCCACUAUGGUGGCAGCAUAUUUGAUUCAGGUGCACAACUGGAGUCCGGAAGAGGCUGUAAGAUUCAUCACCAAGAUCCGGUCACACAUCCGUGUCAGACCUGGCCAGUUAGAAGUUCUCCAAGAGUUCUCUAAGAUUACUGCAGGAGCAGCAAAGAAUGAGGCUAGUCACACAUCAAAGACAUGA